AAUGGAAGGACACUUCCGGUUCGUUGAGAAAAUGCGGGAAAUCAAACUGAAAAUAACAAAAGCAUAACAUGUGAUGAUAUGGUCAUUCUAUUCAUCAGACAAUUUGUAGUAUAAAUCUCAUGGAUUCUAUGGAUUUAUGAUAUCAAGGAAGAAGAAAAUAAGUACCUUAUUUACUGAAAAUGGCAGAGCGACCUGAAGAUUUAAACCUCCCCAAUGCUGUUGUCACUAGGAUCAUCAAAGAUGCAAUUCCAGAUGGUGUAAAUGUUUCGAAAGAAGCCCGACUAGCAAUAUCUAAAGCUGCGAGUGUGUUUGUUUUGUAUGCUACAUCAUGCUCUAAUAACUACGCCAUGAAGGCAAAGAGGAAAACCAUAAACGCCAAUGAUGUCAUCAGUGCCAUGGAGGAAAUGGAGUUUGAUCAGUUCGAAGAUCCACUUAAGCAUUGUUUAGAAGCUUACAGAAAUGAACAGAAAAACAAGAAAGAAGCUAAUGAAAAGAAGAAAAAGGAAAAGGAAGUGGAAGUCCAGACAGUGGAAGAUGUGAUGGAGGAGGAAGAAGAUGAUGAUGACAAUGAUGAGGACAAUGAGAAGGAUGAGGAUUUUGUGGCUGAAGAGGAGGAGGAUGAUGAAGAGGAGGACGAAGAAGGUGGAGAUGUGGAGUCAGUCGGACCGGGCAGUGUUGCCAAUGACAACGCCAGUGUAUCAGGGAGUGCCACGGGAAGUGUGGUGGAGAUUUCUGAUGAUGACGGCUGACAGGGGGGGCUGUGUGUAAAUGGGAAGGGACUACAAAUGUGCAUGAUAGAUCAGUGGUACUCUGUGGUAAAAUGAGGAAUAAAUAUGUGAGAGACUGUAAACUAUGAAA